ACACCUAUUGUCAGAAAAGAAGAAAAAGUCGCCCACAAUAAAAGCACCAUUGCCAGCUUGGUUCGUUUCCAGUCUGUCUAGUAUUCAGCAUCCUGAACCACACUCAUUGUCAAGAUGCGAUCCAAUCUGCCUGUCUCGCUUCUGUUCGCGAUAUCGUUUCAAUGUUUUCCUGCGUCAGCGCUGCCUUUUCUGAGGUGGGGAAGAGCUUCUCCCUCGCCGCUUCUAGCGACAAGAGCCUCGGUUUCCGUUGUUCCUAUCGACGGUAGCGGAGGGGAUGGAGAAUCUGGGUCUGGAGGUGCAACGGCUACCACAAUUUUACAAACAGUAUCCAAGACUGUUGUUGAAACACUGCCGCCGGUCACAGAAACAGAUACGGUGGUCGUGACGGUCAAGCCCACUACAGAGGUCAUUUCCACGGUCUCUGUCAUUGAUGUUCGACCAACUACGGACGUAGUCACUACCACAGUGAUACCACCAACAACAACAACAUCGUCUACAGUGAUUGCAACUAGUCAGACGACAACCUCGGUGUCAACUACACCUAUCACAACCAGCCAAAUCACUUCAUAUUUACCUACGUCGACAUCCACAAUUACGACCAUCAGUCCAACAACUGCAUCCUCAGCAUCUACCACUACUACCACUCCAGUGACCUCAACAUUGGACAUAUCAUCUACACUGAGCACAUCGUCCACACUGAGCACUUCUAUAUUGAGCACGUCGUCUACACAGCCGACUGUCACAUCGGAAACCUCCACCGCCUCUGCCGCCCCUACUUCGACCACGACCUCAGUUUCGACUCUGAAUUACUCUUUGACUACGCAGACAACUGCUAGUAUCACUUCGACUACUUUACCCCUAACUCCGUCAGGAGUUUACCUGACAACGCCUGUUCCCGUGUCGACUACCUCGUACGAUGACGGCCUUUGGCAUACGAGUUACCCAGCUUGGAAUGGAACCACAACACCAAGAUUCGUCCGUAAGCAAUAAUAAGUUGCAGGCACAACAGGGAGCAACAAUUUACAAGAGCAUGAUAUUUAUUGAGUAUGCGCUGCUGGAUAGCGCUUGCGAGAGACACCGCGGAAGAUACCCCCUGAAUGAUUAAUGUAAUAUCAAGAUUUGACAUAUAGACGAGCCGAGAGAAUAUUAUUGGGUGAGCAACGAGACUCAUACUGGAACGGACCUCGCUAGACUAGUAAAAUAAUGGUAGAACCAUCUGAAC